AUGAAGAUUUCCGCUUACUUAGGUUUCGCGCUGCUCUCGGUAUUGUGCACCGUCAAUCUAGCUUUUGCGCAACACGAUCCAUACUUUGCAACCGGCCACAGUACCAUCGUGCACCUGUUCGAAUGGAAGUGGAAUGAUAUCGCCGACGAGUGUGAGAGAUUCCUGGGGCCGAAAGGCUACGGUGGCGUGCAACUGUCUCCGGUAAACGAAAAUAUCAUCAUCCGGCUAGAUGAUGGAUCCCGGCCCUGGUGGGAACGUUAUCAACCGAUUUCGUACAAGCUAGACACGCGGUCGGGAUCGGAAGCGGAAUUCUUGGACAUGUCGCGCCGUUGCAAUGCAGUGGGCGUGCGCCUGUACGUGGACAUAAUCAUUAAUCACAUGGGGGCGACGCAACCCGUGGAACCGGCUAUCGGUACUGGAGGAUCGACGGCCAUUCCUUCAGAUCGCCAGUUUCCCGUGGUCCCGUACGGUUGGCCCGACUUCAAUACGCCUUGUGCCAUCAACGAUUGGAAUAACCCAAUCGAGAUUCGCAACUGUGAGCUAGUUGGCCUGCACGAUCUGAACCAAGGCGUACCGUGGGUGCGUGAUCGAGUCGUUGACUUCCUUAACCACCUGAUCGAGCUCGGAGUCGCCGGAUUCCGUGUUGAUGCCGCCAAACACAUGUGGCCUGCCGAUCUUGAGGUGAUCUUCGGUCGCCUCAACAAUCUCAACACUGCGUACGGUUUUGCGCCCGAUUCACGUGCAUUCCUGGCGCAAGAGGUGAUUGAUAUGGGCAGCCAUGAGGCUGUCCGAAAGUACGAAUACAUCCAUCUCGGUACGGUCACUGAGUUCAUGUACUCACACUACUUGGGUCGUGCGUUCAGCGGUGGUGAUGCACUCCGUUGGUUGUCCAAUUUUGGAGACGCGUGGGGUCUGCUCUCCUCACGUGAUGCAUUCGUAUUCGUCGACAAUCACGACAAUCAACGCGGCCAUGAUGGCAUCCUUACGCACAUGCAACCGAAACCGUACAAAAUGGCCACUGCAUUCGCUGCGGCUUACCCGUAUGGUCAGCUUCGGAUAAUGAGCUCGUUCGCCUUCACUAGCUUUGAUCAGGGACCUCCUUCGGAUGGACAGGGCAACCUCCUUUCACCUGUCAUUACCGCGGACAACACCUGCGACGGUGGAUGGGUCUGUGAGCACCGCUGGCGUCAGAUCUACAGCAUGAUCCACUUCCGCAACUUGGCCUGGGGAACGCCAAUCGAGCACUGGUGGGACAACGGAAACAACCAGAUCGCCUUUGCUCGUGGAAAUGUUGGGUUCGUAGCAUUUAACCUCGAACCAUUCGACAUGAAUGUCAUCCUGCAGACAGGACUUCCGGCCGGGAUAUACUGCGAUGUCAUUUCCGGGGCACGUGUGGGCGAAAACUGUACCGGGCUGCGUGUGAUCGUAGAGCCGACCGGUUAUGCAUCGAUUUCCAUUCAGGCCAACGCUGAAGAUGGCGUGAUUGCAAUUCACAGUGAGGUAGGUUUUAUUGAGAAAUACUUGAUAACUGAUGGCAAUGUGUGGAUCUUUGAUGGCCAAAACGAUCUCCAAUUCUCUUUUAGUCUCGACUCUGAACCCAACGAAUAG